AUGUUUAAAGGCAUUCUCAAGGAUCCAAAGCGGACGUCGACGCAAGAUGUACCGCACAACACGGCGUUCAUUGAUGCGUUGGGCUCGGCGGGCAUGGAACCCGCUCAUUCUCUCAACGUGGAUUCAAGUGCCAAGACCAACGCUCCUGAAGCCAACAAGGAGAAUCGACCGGCAACUGUGCGCGCAGAGCUUUUUCUCAACCUUGCAUCAUCUCGAUCCUCUGUUCGCGCAACGACGAGUCCGUCCAGUCCAACGAAACGAUCCAGCGUGAUUCUGCCACCAUCCGCAAACCUCGCGAUGCAGAUAAACGGCGGCGAAGAAACAGGUCGAGCGACUCCUGAACCUAGAGCUGUGACGAGAGGUCGUAGUGCUACCGUGGAUCCUCAGGGAGGACCGCCAGAAGCCAAUCGUCGACGAACCGAGUCUGGUUCUGCCAUCGGGGUCGGCAGCGCUCAAGGAUGGGGUUUCGAAUUUCUCGACCAUCCUCCCCCGCUCUCAAAGGAAGAAGAAGUCAAGGCAACGACGCACAAUGAAUUUAAUAAGAUGCUGGAUGACCUACAAAUUCCAUCGACUCUCCGACCAAAACUUGAAGGCCUAGACACUCCGGUGAAAGCGGCCAUGCUCAAAUCGAGCCACGUCCUCACGAUUCCUCCUCCAUCGGGUGUCCCGCAGUUGCCGUCCGAAGGUUCCGUCUCUCCUACAAAGUCCAAGUUUGGGAAAGAUAAAGAGAAGACAAAGGACAAAAAGACGUGGAAAGAAAAGGACAAGUUUAAGACGGAGAAUUUCUCAGAAUCAAAGCAACACGCACCAAAUCCAUUCAUGUUCAACCGCAACGGAGGAGCGAGUGGAAAAAACACGCCGAAGAAGGGGGUACGCCGCACGCAGAGUAGUGGCUCCCUUGGCGACUCUCCCCGCGGUAUACCCUAUUCUCAAAUGUCGCCUGGAGGCAACGGCUCUUCUUACCAGCUCGGGUUGGGUGUAGGUCAGGAGCAAGCCCUAAAGUACAUGUUCCCCUCGCUAGAAGAUGACCCAUUCUCGCGUGCGGAUUCGCCCCCGCUCAUGCCACCUCCGACGCUGGCCCAGCUCCAAGAUGGCUAUGUGGGUCAUGUUCGUGGAUCAUCCUUUGACUCGAGCCUGGGGAUUCCACGGCCAUCUUCGGCCCAAGGCGAUCCAAAGUCGGCCUCUCGGACCUCGCUCUAUUUCCACGGCACCGGCUCGUCGUCCGGGAUUGGAACGAGUAAUGGAAGUGGAGGAUCAAGAAACGGUACCGGAAAUUGGAACAGUGGCGGUACUGUCUCUGGUCUCAGUAUGGGACUUGGGAAUCAGUCUCGCCCCCGCGUCGGUAGCGGAUCGCAUGGACAAGCUAUUUUGGUCAAGGACCGAACUACAAGUCAAAAGGAUCUGAAGAAUGCUACAGUAAAGGAGAGAGACUGGACGCCAGGAAGGUUCAGCGUCAUGCUCUCCCAGACAAAGAGUACAGAGCUAGAAGUGGAACGGCUGAAGAAGCUGAGGAUCAUGCUCAGGAAUGAAGCGGCCGCGUGGUCCGAGAGUUUCCUCAUCGAAGGUGGAUACUCGGCUCUCCUUUCAAGGCUCAAUGAAAUGCUCGAGGUUGAAUGGCGAGAAGAACAGAGGGACGAUCAAAUCUUGCAUGAGCUGCUGCGAUGCUUCAAGGCACUUUCCACGUCGUCCAUCGGGUGCUUUGCGCUCAGAUCAUCUGCACCACGACCAUUUGUCCAACUUAUCAGCCUCUUGUACAGCGACAAGAAGCCAGGAGAUGCAUGCUCGCGGAUCCUCAUCGUGGAGUUGCUCAUUAUUCUUUCAGAGUUAUAUCCAAAUCCGCCAUCUUCACCUCCUCCAGAACGGCCAUCGUCCGCUCUUGGCCUCACUACGACGCCCCGAAUGGGAGCAUCGACGCCUCUACCCCAUCCUCAAUAUCCCCUUCCUGCACCCCAUACGAACCUGUUCUCACUUAUGAGGGCUGUUUUACUUACUCCUAAGCCACUUCCUUCUGAAUGUCCUUCGAUGCCCAUCUCUCCACACGCCUUUAUCGACAGUCUCCACCAUCCUCGCAUCUAUAAAUCAUACUUGCAGGAGGUGAGUGACUGCUGCCGAGACUACUUUUGGGUAUUUUGCCAUCCAUCCAACACCAUUUGGGACCUGGACGCGGUAGAUCUGGCCAAGGUUGAGGCACCUCGAGCACCAGGAGGGAUGACUGGAGGUGUAGAGUUUGAGGCAAUGAAUUACUUGACUUGUCACUUCAAACUGCUCAAUGCCAUCGGACGAGCCGCGGCCGAUCUCCAUUUGCCGGCAGACAAUGAGCUUUCAUCCGCCAAAUACCACCAUGAUAUGUUCAUGUCCGGUAUCGAAAAGAUCCUCGCGACGUCUCGGAAGGCAUCGACUGUCUACUAUCCAACGUUGCAUCUCGAGAUAGCCAAGUAUAUUCAGCUCGUGCGUGAGGCAGGCAUGGAGCUGCCUUUUGGUCUCCAGCGAAUGGUUGGACCACCUCCGCCUCCACUUUGCAAGCCAGAAUACGCAGCAAAGACAUCCUCGCAAGCCCCACCAACAAAAUCUGUUCCUCGCCAUACGCGUAGUGCGACUGAAGCACCACCCAUGAUGAGUGGGGCACCUCAGAGGGCCAAUGCCGGCGUGCCCAAGGGCGCUGCUCCCCCUGUCCUACCCGUACCUAGAUUCUAA